AUGACCUGUUUGGUAGAUCUCAGGUUAGUGGAUGUUUUUACCACCAUAGCACCCGCUUCAAAACUGAUCUUGGUCCCUGCUGACGGAACAGAACAACUGGAAGAGCUUCGAGAGGCGUUCCAGAUAUUUGACAAAAAUGGAGAUGGCCAAAUAACUACUACCGAACUGUCUUCUCUCCUUCAUGCCCUAUCCACUCCUAUCCACGACAUAGACAAUAUCAUCGCCCAAGCAGAUGCAAACGAAGACGGUGCCCUCGAUUUGGGUGAAUUUUUAUUACUCAUGAGCGAAAAGCUCAAUUCGGGACAAAAGACGGAUACCGAACUGAGACAGGUCUUCGACCGGUUUGAUAAGGAUGGAAGUGGGAGUAUUGAGAGGGGAGAGUUAGGGAAGGCGGUUGCUUUGUUAGGGGACCAACUAACUGACCAAGAGUUGGCCAUGAUUAUGCGUGAGGUCGAUGCGGAUGGCGAUGGGAGAGUUAGCUUUGAAGAGUUUAAAAUGAUGAUGCAUGGGCAGCUCUAG